CUUGUGAAAGUUUUUAAUCACUUUUUUCCAGUCCAAUUUCAAUAUCCAGUAAUGUCUGCCCAGCGUCUCAUCAGUGCGAACAGGCAGGCAAACCGGAGCGAAUUACGAGGAGCGAAAUAUUAGAGUCGCUAACUAUAGCAGCACUAUUAUACACACGUGGGACUGAUGUGGCUCGAAUCUCACAUUAGCUCAAAUUUUGCAUGUUGAUUUGCACAACUAAGUUAUCAAAUGACCGUGGAAAUCCAUGAUAUUACUGUGUAGUUUAGUGCAAGGGUCCAGCGAAGUUAUGAAGAAAAAUGUAAAAUAAUUUUACCAUGUAUUUGAUAUCAACACAACUAGGAAUGAGAAUUCCUGUGGUCUGCUCCCAGGUUUCCCAUUUAGCAAGUUCAGGUCGCAUGCUGUAUGCUAGGUUAGUUCAUCCAUGCAGUCAGUGUCAUAUAAGGAGAGAGGAGAAGUCUUCCAAGAUUCACAUCAGAACAUUAAGCCAAUCUAGCAGAAGAACUUUCCCUUCACAUGUUCUGCAAACUUGCAAUGUAAACCAUCAACAUGGACGUACCCAUUUACAAAUCAGCACUAAGCAAAUACUAGGAAUCACUGCAAAACAGUCACCAGUAAACUUAUUUCCCUUGUACACAUCGACACGCUCCUUCGGAAUCACGAUUUCCGGAGGGGAGGAGGCCACAUCAAGCAUAUACGUCCCCACCCCUACAGAAAAAUGCUACGAGCUGCUGGAGUACAUCCACGACAAUGCUGGACUGCCCUGGUGGCUGACUAUUCUGGCCACAACCAUUCUGUUGAGAGGGGUGGUUGUCUUUCCCUUUGCCGUGUGGCAGCAGAUGAUUUUCGCAAGGAUUGAGAAUGCUCAGCCGAUGAUCAAUGCCUAUGUCGAGCAGAUCAAGCAGCAGCUAGCCAUACUCGCCAAGGAAAAAGGCUGGUCUCAGAGGCAUAUGGCUAAGGUCUUUACUAAUGAGGUCCGAAUGCUGGUCAGUAACGUCCACUAUCGCAACCACUGCAGUUCUUACAAGCUUUCUUACCUCCCCUUCUGGCAGGCUGGUGUGUGGUCAUGCAUGACAACCUCCAUUGGUCAGAUGACAGGGAAAUACCCAGAACUUUUCUCAACAGAGCUCGACGUUGAUGUCCUACCGGCCUUGGCCAGUGAGGGCGUCCUUUGGUUUGCAGACCUCAUGCAGACUGAUCUCACUUUAGCAAUUCUUCUCGGGCUUGUUAAUGUCACCUUAGUUGAGCUAUGGUCACUGAGGAGAGGUCCAUUAACGAGAACCCAGCACUAUCUCCAGAAUACCUUCAGGAUAGUGGCCAUCUGUUCUGUACCAGCUGCUGCUAUGCUACCAUCGGCGGUGAGUUUCUACUGGUUGGCCUCCAGUCUAUGUGGAUUAGGUCAGCUAGCACUCUUAAGAAGUCCUCCUGUCAGGAGAAUGUUAGGUAUCCCCCAUGCACCCAGCGAAAUGAAGAGACCAGUCGAUGAGAUGAAAGCAGCUCUCAAAGCCCGAUAUGCCAAGAAAGCCUUUUGAUCUACUAAGAAGUCCACCUGUCAGGAGAAUGUUUGGUAUCCCCCAUGCCCCCAGCAAAAUGGAACAAACCAGUUGAUGAAAUGAAAGCAGCUCUCAAAGCUAAACCAAGAAAGCUUUUGAUGCACCAGUAACUUUUUAUUUAAUUAA